AUGAGGCUGGAGACAGAGGGCAUGUGGACGGAGGGCGGCACUCUUCCAGGACAAACAGCCUUGUUAUGGUUACUACACUCUGACUUUCGAUCACGGGCAUCCACCACCCGGCCCAAACCACACCGGCGGCCCCAACACCACCGCGAUCGCUUCCCGCCCGCGGCGCCCCACAGCGCCCCGGGGGGCGCGCGGCCGGGGCGCCUGCGCGGUGCGCGCGGCGCCUGCGCGCGGGCGGCGCGCUCGGGGACCGGCCGGGCCGGGCCGGGCCGGGUCAGGCACGGUACCGCCGCCCUGCAGGGCAGCCCCGCCGCCGCUCCCGCCGCCUCCGCCUCCUCCUCGCCGCCGCCGCAGCAGCAGCAGCUGACGCUGCUCGUCAUGCAGCCGGGCGGCGGCGAGGAGGGGGCGGCGGGGGUGGUGCUGCAGCCGAGCGCCGACCCGCAGCUGCCACCCUCCGCUAGCGGCGGCCUCAUGGUGUUCUACGAGCUGGAGGCCCCCGGCGAGAUCGAGGUGGGGGAGGAGGAGGUGGAGUUGGAGUUGGAGGCGGUGGGCGGCGAGAGCACGGCCAGCCUGGAGGAGCUGGAGGAGGAGGAGGCGGCGGCGGCGCCGGGGGCUGCGAGCGGCGAAGCGGCGGCGGGCGGCGAGUGCAAGAGCUGCACGUACGAGGGCUGCAGCGAGACCACCACGCAGGUGGUGAAGCAGCGCAAGCCCUGGAUGUGCAAGCGGCACCGCAACAAGAUCUACAAGGACAAGUACAAGCGCAAGAAGAGCGACCAGGCCCUGGGGGGCGGCGGGGCGGCGGCCGCGGGGGGCGGCCCGCGGGCCGAGGAUAGUGUUGAAGGUUCAGUGUCUGUCACAAAGCAGAGGACAGGAUCCAUUGGAGAUCGCCCAGCAAGACCUACUCUUUUAGAACAAGUAUUGAAUAAAAAGCGACUGUCCCUCCUCAGAAGCCCAGAAGUAGUACAGUUUCUACAGAAACAACAGCAACUGUUAAGUCAACAAGCUUUGCAACAAAGGCAGCAACAGUUUCAAGGAGCACCUGGGUAAUGAGGAAAGAUCAAUGAUCUGUGGAUGAGUCUGGUGCUGAAGGAGGGACAGGAUCUGUAUUUUGUAUAAAUACAAAGAAUCUCAAUGUUUAAAAAAAGUUGAAGUUACUGUUGUUAUGUAUUUGUUUCUUGUUUGGACUUCUGAGAUUUUGAGCUGCUUGGGUGUCUACAGACUUGUAAGCAAAUCAUAGAAUGGCCUGGGUUGUGUUAUGGAAACUUACCAGUCUGACCGUUUACAGGACUCUCUGACAGUCACUCUCCCAGUACCAGAGACUUCAACUUCUGGGACCAAAGCUCCUUCACUGCGGGUAGCUCCAGUGAUCUGACAGGUGCACCACUUGACUCCCUGCACACCUGGCUUGCAGUCAGACCAGGUUUCCUUACUGGUUUGACCCCAGGUCUCAGACACCUUUUUCCAUAAAGCAAUCUAUUAACAGUGUAAUAACACAGAAACAGCCUGGGUUGGUGCCUCUCAGGAGGUAUCUCAGACAAAGGAACUCCUGGGCUUUUAUACCAUCACAGUCUAAGGCAAGCCUUGCUCUUCCUCUUGAGUCUUCCCUUCUGAGUCUUCCAUUCCUGCCAUCUCCCUGUGUCCAUUCACCUGGCGAGCCACUCACCUUCAUGCCUCUUGUUAUGCAAAGAGUUGGCAGUUCACUGCCUCCUUUCUUAGCUCCCACACAGAGCUCAAUUUGCUCAGUCUGCAUCUCCAACUGCAGCCUACAAAUCAGCUACCUGCACCAGAUGUAUUCCUUAACAGAUGGAAGGGACCUUGAAAGAUCAUGACGUUCCAACUCCCCUGCUGUGAACAGGGACACUUUUCAUAAGACCAGGUUACUCAGAGCUUUGCCCACCCUGGAAUGCUUCCCAGGGAGAGGGCAUACAUACACAACUUUUCUGAGCAACCUGUUCCUGUCCCUGGCUAUCCUCACAGUAAAGAAUUUCUUCCCAACAUCUAAUAUAAAUGUACUUCCAGUGUGAACCCAUUCUCCCUUAUCCUGUCCCUACAUGCCCUUGUAAAAAGUCCCUUUCCCAUCUUUCCUGUAGGCUCUCUUCAGGUAAUGGAAGGCUACAAUUAGGUCACCAUGAAGCCACCUCUUUUCCAGGCUGAACAAUUCCAAUUCUCUCAGCCUUUCCUCAUAGAAGAGGUCUUCCAUCCCUCUAAUCAACUUGUGACCCGUCAUUGUAUUUGCUGUAACAGGUGGAUGUCCUUCCUAUGUCAAGGGUUCCAGAGGUGGAUGCAGUCUACCAGAUGGGGUUUUCACCAGAGCAGAGGGGCUGUGAUGAGUUGACUUUGGCUGGACAUACAGAUUUAUAAAUUUUCAUUACCUUUCACAGAUAGGUACUAUUUUCCCAUCUUAAGGGCAUCCUCCACCCAUUCAGAUGUCCAAAAUCAGGCCAUGACUUGGGUUAGAUUCCAUCAAGAUGGAUGCUCAGGACAGGCGAAGCAGCACACUUACAUAUUGGACACCAAUGUUGGCCCUGUGCCUCCCACUCUCCUUAUUCAUCACAAUAUUCAUGCUUCAUCAAUUCAUGUAAUUUUUGGUGCUUUACUUUUGCAACAUACAAUUUACACCACAAAUUAUUUUCCCAACAAGGUUAAAUCUCCUUGGAGCACACACUGGGUCUUCCAUCCUUCUGCAUUAUCCACCAAGUACACCUAGGUAUUUGAGCAAAGACAGUCUCAUAAAUAGGUUUGCCUUUUCCUAUAGGGAGAGAAAUUGACCCUGAUUUUCCCAGCUAUUUCCCAUGUAUAGUAUGGGGACCUUAUCUCCUCUCCCAGUGUGUAGGGGUUUUGUUUCGGCACGACCAGGGAGGUUUGCAGAUUUGGUGUUAACCAGUCAAGUGGCUUUUGUAAAAUUUAUAUCCCAAUCCUUCCAUGUCCCAUUACCUAACACUCUUUACACAGUCUUCAGCAGUCCAUUAUACCACUCAGUCUUUCCAGAGACUUAUGGGUGGUAAGGGAUGUGAUGUCCACUCAAUACCUUGUUUCUUUUCCCAGGAGUUUAUGAGGUUGUUUUGAAAAGUAGUCCCAUUGUCUGAUUUGAUUCUCUCUGGGGUACUGUGUUGCCACAAAAUGUGUCUCUCAAGACCUGAGAUUGUGUCUUGAGCAGUGGCAAUUGUUUACAGGGUUUGUUGCCAGCUAGCCAGUUUUACCUUUUCCAUGGUGAAUAUAUACCAUGUAUUUGGCAUGUUCAUGGCAGUGGUCCAGUUUGCCAGGCCUCACCAUACUGGAAACCCAGCCGCUGACCUCUGUUCCAGGGAAAGUUUACUUCAGUAGCUUGGUUGAUUGCAGCACAUGCUUUUCAUUCAUGAAUGGUCUGUGCAAUGGCUUCCAUGGUCAGGUCCAUCCCUCAGUGAUGAGCUCAUCUGUCUGUUGCAGCUGAUGUUUCAUGGCCCCAUCAGGUUAUAAAUAGCUCACCCUUCCACUCCCAGUCCAAGUGUACCUAAGUUAAUUCAGUUUUGGCAGCCUUAUUUACCUGUUCUACAGUGGUGUAGUUUUUGGGCAUGUGAACAUCUCCCUGAUAUACCUUUCUGGUCAUGUUUUCAACAUGUGCACUGAUGUCCUGCCCCAAUGCAGGUGCAGUCCAGCCCAGAUGGGUUUAUCCCUUGGUUGCCAAUUGGUUUUCCAUUUUUGCAUCCACCUCCAAUAGGGCAUUAGCCACCAUCCAGGAGUCAGGAUAGAGACAGGUCACUUUUCUCAUUCAGCAAUCUCUAGGGCUAGUUCAGGUGGCUUUCACCUCUGCAAAGUGGCUUGACUCGCCUUCAGCAGCCUCAAUGACUUGUCUGCCUUUGAUGGUUUCCUGCCACACAGCAGGAUCCAUCACUAAAUAGGGCAUAGCCUCUUUCAUCUUCUGGAAACUCCUUAUGUGGGGGUGCUUCUCGUACACAAAGCUCCUUCUCUGGCAAUGCUCCAAAAUCUUUGCCUUCUGGCCAGUCCAUGAUUUUUCCAGAAUUCCCAACUGAGCUCAUGUAAUCAAUCAUCUUACUCCAUGUAGCACUGACUGCAUGAUCUGUUACGGUGAUGUUUCCUUUGAAAUCUGGGGAAGUCUUUUCCAAUUAUUUGUAAACCUUCAUUUCAAUAUUUAAUCUGUUAAUAAAAAUUUGUUUAUGGUAGCAGUGUUUAGUUGUACACCCUUUUCUACCAAAAUUGUAAUAAAUGAGCAUUUUUCUAUAUAAACAUUUACAGUUCAGUCUGUCUUUGAUGACAAUCAUUGAUGGAAGUCAGUUACUUUCUGUGGACAUUGUGAAACAAAGUUCUGAAGUUGAGCCAGUCCAGUAGCAUUACCUAACAGCAAUUGCUCAGAGAUAUGAGAAAUUUAUGUCCUGUAGAAUCUUGCACUAAAGGUAAAGACAAUGUACCAUCAGGAAGUCAAUCCAGCAGUUCAGAAAAGUACAAAUAGGUGCUGCGUUUAUUACCUGCAAGUUGAGUAGGUUUGAAAUGCAUGCAUAGCAUGUAAAAAAAUUUGCAUUUCAAAGUUCCUAAAGUGAUAAAUGGCAAAAAGCUUUAAAAAGUAUCAGGUGAAAAGUAUGAAACUGAGAGCUGGACCUUGUUACAUGGAGUUAUUUGAAAUUACUAACUUCUUAUAUGUGAAAUAUAACAUAAUUACAGAUUAGAAUACCACUAAUUUUUAAGUGACUAAAUUAAAUUAAAUUUUAAAGCUUUUAACUCAUAAUAGUAAAUAAUUCAAAAUCUAAUCUUUUUCUUCUCAAAAAGGUAUAGUUAAAAUUCUUUUAUUAAGACAACAGAUCUCUAAUCAGCUGCAGUGCUAGACUUUGCAGGUUUUCAGACAAUUAAAAUGAACUUGAAAUUGAUUGGGUUAAGAAUCCAAACACUAUAUUAUGUGUUAAAUCCCAUGUUUUAUUUAUAAAAAUAUUUUUGUAUUAAGCCACAUUUCUGAAUAGAGGUUAUCCAAAUGGGUUAGGUGCUUAUUGUCAAGUACUACUUUUAUAUUGCAGCAGUUUGAUCCACUAAAUAGUAUCUCUUCAGCAGUAUUUGUUAGUUUUAUGGAUUUUUACAAGCUCUGCUUUUUGUAUGUACAGAACUUAUUCUGUAGAGAUUUAUUGUAUUUAGCACUGUGCAAAUUGUUCUUUUAAAAAAAAACUUGAAAAACUUUAUAUAAACAGUUCUGGACCAA